GUUUAGGUUUUAUUUUUCUGGGGUAGAAACAAUGGCUUUCUUUAUGAAAAGUGUGAUAAGUAACCAGAUAAAGAAUUUAGGAUUUGGUGGCGGGUCUGAAGAAAAAAAAGAAGAAGGAGGUGCUUCUGAUCCUGCAGCGGCUCAUGGAAUGAAUAGAGAGGAAUACGAGGAGUAUCAGAAGCAAGUGAUUGAGGAGAAGAUGGCGCGAGACGCUGCAUUUAAACACAGAAAGGCAGAGAGGGCUUGCCUCAGAGUUCACGUCCGGGCAAAGCACAGGCUCCCAAAGAGUGAAAUGGACGAGAACCAGAUCCAGAUGGCUGGAGAUGAUGUGGAUUUGCCAGAAGAUCUCAGGAAAAUGGUGGCUGAAGAUCAAGAAGAGGAAGAAGACAAGGCUUCCAUUCUUGGGCAGUUACAGAAUCUUCAGAACAUGGACUUAGACACCAUCAAAGAAAAGGCCCAGGCCACCUUCACAGAAAUCAAGCAGUCAGCGGAGCAGAAGUGCUCUGUGAUGUGA